GUACACAAAAUCUUCACACACACAGAGAGAGAGAGAGAGAGAGAGUGAAACCUGCAGUAAUGCGUUUUGUUUUUAUAUUCAUCAAAGAGAUAGUAUAGCAUUAAUACUGAUUAUGUAUUCCUUUCCCUCCUCGCACCCACUGAAGGCUGAAAACCUUCGUCUUUCCUCCAAGAAAGCCAGCUUAUAGCUCUUCAGAGAGGAAGGGACCGUCUCGGGGAUUAUUCCUAGCUCUCUCCUUUUCUGGUUUGGGUUAAAAGUUGAGAAUUUCUGUGUUUCCAAAUGACGAGUUGGCGGAGAGUAUUGAAGUCCGUGCAGGCCGUGGCAGCCCAUGGGGUCCUCUUGUGCUUCACGCUUUUGCUCGUCUUCAAGCUCGACCAUGUCGUCUCCUACUCCUGGUGGAUUAUUUUUUUCCCGCUUUGGAUAUUUCAUGCAGUUGUUACCCGAGGGAGAUUCUCAUUACCUGCUCCAUCAGUUCCACAUAAUCGUAAUUGGGCACCAUGCCAUGCAAUUGUUGCGACACCAUUGCUUGUAGCGUUUGAAUUACUCCUUUGUGUAUAUCUUGAGAGCAUUUAUGUUCAUGGUUUUGCAGCUGUAAACUUGAAGAUGGUCUUUCUUCCCCUGCUGGCACUUGAAAUAAUUAUUCUGGCUGAUAAUUUCAGAAUGUGCAGGGCUUUAAUGCCUGGCGAUGAAGAAAGCAUGAGUGAUGAGGCUGUAUGGCAGACACUUCCUCACUUUUGGGUGGCGAUAUCCAUGGUCUUCUUUGCUGCUGCUACAGUCUUCACCCUCCUGAAGCUGUGUGGUGAUGUGGGUGCUCUUGGCUGGUGGGACUUAUUUAUAAAUUUUGGUAUUGCGGAAUGCUUUGCCUUUCUUGUUUGUACGAAGUGGUCUAAUCCGAUGAUUCAUAGUAACUCUCGCACAAGGGAAGCUAUUUCAUCUUCUGCGACUAUCAGAUAUCUUGACUGGCACAGUGGUUUAGUAGUCUCUCCAGAGGAUGAUCAGCAGGAAGAAGAUAGAAUGUGCGGUCUGCAGGACAUUGGUGGCCAUAUCAUGAAAAUUCCAGUGAUUGGUUUUCAAAUCCUCCUUUGUAUGCGCUUAGAGGGAACACCUACUGAUGCUAAGCAUAUACCACUGCCAGUUCUCUUCUCUCCACUUUUUCUCCUGCAAGGUGUUGGUCUACUUCUUGCUGCCUCUAGGUUGGGGGAGAAAAUUGUACUCUUACGUCGUAGUGGAGCUGGCACAGGAUUAUAUUUUAGAUUUUCUGAAAGAGCUCAUGACUGCUUGGGCUUUUUGCACCAUGGUUCCAGGCUCUUGGGUUGGUGGUCAAUUGAUGAAGGUAGUCGAGAAGAACAGGCCCGGCUUCUACAGCAGGCGGCUUCUGGGUAUAGCACUUUCUGUGGUUAUCCGCCAGAGAUUGUGAAGAAAAUGCCUAAAAAGGAUCUUGCAGAGGAGGUUUGGAGACUGCAAGCAGCUUUAGGUGAGCAGGUAGAAAUCACAAAAUACAGCCAGCAGGAAUUUGAAAGACUUCAAAAUGAAAAAGUUCUAUGUAGGGUUUGCUUUGAGGGAGAGAUAAGUGUGGUCCUGCUUCCAUGCAGGCAUCGUAUCCUUUGCAGUUCCUGCUGUGAGAAAUGUAAAAAAUGCCCGAUUUGCCGCAUCUCUGUUAAGGAGCGCUUACCUGUAUAUGAUGUUUAGGUUGUAGCUUGCCCCCCAUUUUUUUUUUUUUUUUCUAAGAGCACAAAAUGGAGGGCAUAGGGAGGGUAAAAAAUGACGUUGGGAGAAUGUUUUAAUACGGUUUCACACUUUUCAGUGAAACUUGUUCAAAACUGGGUGGAAUUGACAUAACAAGAAUUAGGUGACAGUAAUUGCAGUUGUUGCAACUGUAUGAAGCUGUUAACUUUUCUCUUCCUUCUUUUUUUUAAAUUGUAAAUACAGUGAGCUUUUAUAGGGGAAGUGACUGUCUGCAGGUUUUAAGCUCUUGUGAUGCUGCAAACCAGCAUUUUGUGUUGAAAGAUAUACAAAACUAACUGUGAUGCUUUACUGGAAAAAGGCCGGACUACAAAUUAUAGACUGGAAUUGUACCAUGACAUGAAGUCCAUAUCGAGAUGAAAAUAUUUAUUAAAUUAAUUUAUUAAUUAAUUAACUUUUAUUUUUAUUUUUUCUGGUUGGAGAUUUUGUUUUUCGACUUCCUUUUCUUUUCGGUUCAUAGAGGAGUACAACCCUCUUCAACUUUUUGUUUAAAUUGAAUUAUCGCGUUCUCUUUCCUUUUUCUUCCCAUCCUGUCAUUGACCGAAACAAUAAAGGAAAGAAAAACUCUAGAGGAAAUCGGCCAGGGAAACCGCGGAGAAACCGCGUCCUACGUGGAAAAAUUUAAACGAUGCCGUUUACUCUUCCCUCCGUUUCCCCCUUUUUAUUUCAUUUCAAACUCGAGCUCCCCCUUUCCCCAAUUUCCAAACCUCCCUUCCAUCUUUCCUCCUUCGUCUUCCACCUUCCCUACUCGAAAUCUACCACACGAAACCUGCGACGAAGGACCUUCGAAGCCGAAAGUCCCCCCUUCCCACUCGAAAUCAACACACCAAACCGAAAGCUCUGCCUCUCCCUUCGAUCCUCUGCCUCCGCCUUCGAAGCCGAAAGACACCAAAGCUCUGCUUCUCCCUUCGACGCAGUAUCCUUACCCAAAACCCUAACCAAAGCUCUGCAUUUCUCCCUCCCCUUUCCUUCUUUUUCUUUUAAAUUUUCCUUGGUGCAAGAUAUCUAUGAUGUUCAAUGGAGGAACUUUCGUGGAAAUUUACCCGUUCUUACCGUUCUUUUUGGGAUAUUUACUUUGGUGGCCAAUAAGUCGAGGGCUUAUUUUGGUUUAAGAGAGAGGGGGAUUUCCAUUGUUUGGCAAAGGUAUUACAUCUCGUUUAGCAUUAUUUUGAAGAAAUAAUUAUGUGACAGCAACAUGGAUGGAAUUAGUGAGCACUUGGUGGUAUAGAGUUGUGAUCUAAUAAUAGCUCCAGCAAGUGCAAGUCGUUUGAGGAGGCUUGUUGCAGCUUCACCUGUACGACAACAUCGAUCACUUCAAAGGAACCAUUGUGCCCUGCAGCCUUCAUCUCCUGCAUGUUAUGGUAGCUCGUUGGAGUCAGGGUUGGUUACACUGCUUGCUCAUUUAUGUGGCCUUCAUCCAUAUGUUGUCGUCGUCAUCAUCAUCAUCAAUGACUUCUUCAUCAUUGAGGUUGAAAAAAUUCUGCUUUUGCAAGAUUGAAGCUACACUGAGAUACUCAAAUGCUACAAGAAAGCAAAUGAGAUCGAGAAGAGAGAGAUGGUACUAUCCAAUAGAAAUGAUGAGGUUCUGAAGAAAGAGUUGGUGCUUUUGAAGCAACAAGUUAAAAUAAGGCGUUCACGCACACUACUCUGGCUGUAUUGAGCUUUUGUAGUUGUUGUGUCAUGCUACUUGGUAUAUGUUGUUUGGUAUUUUAGACAGUAUCUAAGUUAUUAGUAGAUUGAUGUAGUAAAACUUAAGUUUGUGUGUUUCUGACAAAUGUAUAACUCAAGUCCGUGUAUUGGUUUGUAAAUCAAUUUUUGAAACACUUUCCUUUUUUUUUU